AUGUCCAACUUGAAGAAGCUCAAGUUCUUGUUGAAACUGGGCCAAUUGUUAGGGUUGGCACCUGUCAAGUUUUACGUUCAAAAAUUCUACGUUGUGAUUUUGGCGUUUUUGCUAACAGCAGGUGCUAUAAUUUCGCUGGUGUACCAAGCACCGGUUUACAAAGAAUUGACGGACAUUAAACUUGUCCUAAAUAUUUUAUCAGACGUGACGUUAUGGUUGUCAAAUGUCAAUUCUUUGACACUGACCUUGAAACGUAAAAAAUGGAACUUACUUUUCAAAACUUUGACUCACGAUGAACCUCGCAAGUCAAGUUUGGUGCAAUUAAUUCUGACACAGGCCAUUUUUCUGAUGUUUGUGUCAUACAACAUUUACGUGUGUCAAACCGUGUCAAAUUUCGAAUACUUUCAAAGAAAAAUUCUCCUAAUGAUACAACUGUACUACCUGUAUUUCGACGUAAUUGUCAUUUCUACGUUCCUCCAGUUGUUUUUGGAACAUUACGAAGUCAUAAAUAGACAAACGCUUGACACUGCAGAUGUCAAAACUUUGACAACAGUCGUCGAGAAAGAGUGUUACAAAAUGAAAGUCACCAUUGAUGCGUUUAAUGAUAUUUUCGGCUGGUCUUUCCUACUUUUUACGCUAUAUUCCAGCCUUUUACUUCUCGACUACGUCAGUUGUGUGGUAAGGAAUGAAUAUAAGUACAAAUCGGACAAAAUGGCCGAAAUCAUAUCAUCAGAUUUGCUACAACUUUGCAUUUUUUUCGUCGCCCUGAUUAUUUUGAUAUUGCAAUGCGGGAGAGUACGAUCAGAAGUCGUAAAAAUCUUAAAUGUGCUUAAGAAAAUUGCUUUAAGGCGCCAAACAACUAAUGGCGACUUGGACGAACUUAUCGUCACGCUUUCAGCUCAUUAUUUUCCGGUUUUCAGCGCUUGUGAUUAUUUCACGAUUGAAACUAAGACCGUGUUGGAUGUUUUGGGGGUCACUGUGACCUACCUCAUCGUUAUUAUACAAUUUGACGAUAAAAUAGUGCAAGUUUAGGCAAAAAAUAUUAUUCUUACUAGUUCUACGCUCAAAUAAUUUUAUUUGAUUUGUUUUGACUGUUUAAAACUUGCCACAAUUAUCAAAAAUAAAUAAAUGACGUUAUUAUGCAAUUUAGUGGUGAUAUAGUACACAGAUAUGGUGGAGAUUCGGGCAAUUGACAAAAACAAAAUAAUUACGAUUUUCAGUGCUUUUACAUAAACUGUGGUGCCCAAGUUCAGUGUUUACACGGUUUAAUUAAAUUCAAGGAGGCGGAUAUUUUGACAUUGACACGGGCUAUUUUAAAAAUUUCGCAAAAUCCGAAGGAGUUUUUGGUUUGUUUUAACGAAUUUUCGGUGUUCGUGGACGAGUAUGGGCGGAGUUCGCGCGAGGAGGAGUUGAAAACGAGUUAUCUGCCAAUUGGGUUCCACUUUGUGGCGCCUUUUUUGUAUAUUAUUCAGUACAGUGGAGUGGAAGUUUUGAAAGUUGGUGGAAACGUGGCGAAUGUGACGGUUGAUUUGAAAAACAUGCGGUUUUGGGGGAAAGCCCGAACGGGAUUUAUCUCUAUCAUGACGGAAGAGUUAAGUUGUUGGAGGGGCGCAGAGUGGUUGAUUGUGACGAUGUCAGUUCGGUCAGCCAAUCGGAGGCCGGGGAUGAGGAUAGGUUUAGUUUUACGAGCUCGAUGGUGCAAAGUCUCGAUGGGAAUUCCAGCGAUUUGGAGAACAGUAGCGAGGAGAAUGUGAGACGGGUUAAGUUUUCACAAACUAAUUUAUAAGUUGCACUGUACUUAAGUCUUGCCCUGUUUUAUGUAGUAUUUAUUUUAUUUUUCGUCACGUUUUGUACGGUUUUUAUUAAAUAAAGUGUCAUUUAUCAAG